AUGCUGCGAUGCGCUCAUCAUCUCAAAACCCUUGAUUUCUACGAGGGGAUAAGUCUUCUCUCAGAUUUCUCGGAAAAUGACGAUCUAAUGAACCCAGUGCCUCAUUGUCUAUUGAAUGAGGUCAAGAGCAUUAAGAUUAAAGAAUUUUCUGUACAUAUGAAAGCGUUGUAUGCAGUGAUGUAUUUGUUGAAGACUGCAUUAGUGUUGGACAAGAUGACGAUCAUUUGCUAUAAGAAUUCAGAGAAGCUGCAAAAGAAGGUGACUGAACUGUUAAAUCAAUUUUCAAACGGGUCAGAAAUUUGUGAGGUAAUUGUUUAUUCAGCAGAACACUAAGCGUAACACUUUAUCCUAUCUGAUAGAUCUGUAGGAAUGGUAGCAUAAACCGUCGUUCCAGAAGCAGAACCAUUUUGAGGCUUGAAUUGCCUAUCUUUGCUUGUAAAUUUUAUCACU